UUGGUCUCGUCGAGCGUCAACAAUGGCUGGAACUGAAGAGGCACAAAAUAUCCCCGCAACCAACACUCCUCCGGAAGGAUAUGACAAGAAAUGUAUUUUUUGUAGAGUUGUUAACAACGAAAUGGGAACUGAGCUUCUUCACUGUGAUGAAGAGAUUUCAUGUUUCAGAGACAUUAAACCGGGCGCCCCGCACCACUACCUCGUUGUUCCAACCAAACACGUUGGGAACUGUAAAUCGCUCAACAAAUCACACAUACCAUUGGUGAAACGCAUGGUGGAAAUGGGCAACGAGAUCUUGCAAAAAAACGACUUCACAGACCUUGAUGAUGUGAGGUUUGGUUUCCAUUGGCCCCCCUUCUGCUCCGUCACCCACCUGCACCUCCACGUCCUGGCGCCUGCCAGUCAGUUGGGCUUCAUGUCUCGUUUCUUCUACAGACUGAACUCCUACUGGUUCGUCACUGCUGACCAGCUGAUUGAGCUUCUAAACUCCAAAGAAGAGAGUAACUGAUUUAUAUUUAUUGAUGGUCUGCUCUUCUGUUUUGAUGCCUCAAUCCUUCUUGACAAAUAUAAUAUCUUUCUGAAUGUAUUUUUUUCUGUGAUUGAAGGAAUGGUGCCUGCAUGUGACAUUUUUUUUUACUUAGUGCAUCAGUCAUAAUUGACAAAUAUGCGUGUACUUCGUGGACCAAGCAGGAGAUGGCGCCAAAGAAGACGCUGAGCUUUAAUGCGAAAUAUAACUACACUGUGAAUCUUAGAUAGAGAUCCACUACACAUCAUAACAAGAGAGCAGAUCAUUGAAAUGACACUUCUUUUAUUCAUAUUUACCCAUGUAACUUUAGAUAAAUUAUGUAUAUUAAUAUGAAACAUCACCGUACUAUGUGCAAGUGUGUAGAAGAAUGAAUGAAUACAAAAAUCUAAGUGUGUCUAAAAUACUGAAGCAUCCUGCAGCAUCAUCCUUUCUUGGAGAAUGUAUUUAAAAUGACUACUCAGUAUUUGAAGUAUGUGCCUAUAUGAUAAUUUUAAUAAUCUGUCAGUCAGAUUCUCAGGGGCUUAAAUGCAACCUUUUACUAUAUGUGAUGUGUACUUGUAUGUUACCUGAUAAAUAUUCAGUUAUAAUAAAAGGGUUUUGCUGCUGAAUUAAACACACAAGCUCUGUGUUU